GGGGGGAAGCCGGGGCCGCUUUUGGGGUCCCUGAGGGAAUUAGGGGAGAAUUUUGGGGGAUUUGGGGUCCGAGGGGGUUCUGGAAUCUCCUGGAGGGAUUUGGAGGUGACAGCGGGGGUUGGAGCGGUGCUUGUGCCCAGGAGGAUCCAGCUGUGUCCCCAGAUGUUGAGGGCUCCCAAAAACGCCUUACCUGUCCCCAAAAUGCCCCAGAUGUGAUUGGGGAGGGGCCAGAUCCAAAUGUUGGGGACCUGAAAACGCCCAAAGUGGCCCAAAACACCUCAGAGGCUCCAGGUAUGGCAGCAGAAACCACAAAUCCAGAUGUGCUGUGGGCCAAAAACGGGCACCGGACACUGCAGGUGGACAGCGACACAGAUGUGGAGGAGGAGGAGGGGCCAAAUCCAGAUGCUGAGCCCCAGAAACAGCUUAAAAUGACCCAAAAUGUGCCCGAAACCCCAGAUGUGGGGCUGAAACCCCCAAAUCCAGAUGUUCUAUGGCUUAAAAAUGGGCACGGCACACUGCAGGUGGAGAGCGACACAGAUGUGGAGGAGGAGCCUGACCCAGAAGUGGAGCCCCCAAAAGGACUGAAAAUUACCCCAAAUGUGCCCGAAACUCCAGAUGUUGCAGGAAAGACCCCAAAUCCAGAUGUUUCAGGCCCGAAAAUCUGUUGUGGAGUGCAGGUGGUGGACAGUGACACGGAUGUGGAAGAGGAUCCAGAUGUGCAGCCCCCGAAAAGGCUCAAAGUGAUCGAAAACAUGCCUGGAAUUCCAGAUGUGGAGGUGGAAACCCCAAGUCCAGCUGUGGGCACGCCCAAAACUGGACACUGGACGAUGCUCUUGGACAGCGACACAGAUGUGGAGGGGGAGAAUCCAGAUGUGCAACCCCCAAAACAACUCAGGAUGACCCAAAAUGUGCCCGAAAUGCCAGGUGUGGCAGCAACGGCCCCAAAUCCAGAUGUUUCACACACCAAACUCCAUUCCUGGAUGCUGCUGGUGGACAGCGAUACAGAUGUGGAAGACGACGUGAGUCCAGAUAUGCAGCCCCCAAAAAGGCUCAAAUUGACCCAAACCAUGCCCAGAAUUCCAGAUGUGGAGGUGGCGACCCCAAAUCCAGCUGUGGAAAGGCCCAAAAUCGGGCAUCAGACGCUGGUGGAGGACAGUGACACAGAUAUGGAGGAGGAUCCAGAUGUGCAGCCCCCAAAAAGGCUCAGAAGGGCCCAAAAUGUGCCCAAAGCUCCAGAUGUGCGACGGGGGACAAGAAAUCCAGAUGUUUCCGGCCCCACAGUCAGGUGUCAGAUGCUGUUGGUGGACAGCGACACAGAUGUGGAGGAGGAUCCAGAUGUGCAGCCCCUGAAGCGGCUCAGAGCGACCCAAAACGUCCCUGAAACUCCAGAUGUGUCUGCAAAGCCCCCAAAUCCAGAUGUUGCAGGCCCUGAAAUCAGGUGCCCGGUGUUCCUGGUGGACAGUGACACAGAUGUGGAGGAGGGGGAGGUGAAUCCAGAUGUUGAGACCCUAAAAAAGCUUGCAAUGACCCCAAAUGUGCCUGAGAGUCCAGAUGUGAUGGCGCAGACCCCAGAUGCAGAUGUUGGAGUGGCCAGAAAUGGGUGUCAGGCACUGCUGGCGGACAGUGAUCCAGAUGUUUCUCCUGCAAAAAGAUGGGAAAUUCCUCAAAACGUGCCCCAAACUCCAGAUGCGCCCACACAGCCCCCAAAUCCAGGUGUGAAGGGGUCACAGAGGGGUCACGGGGCGCUGCUGGACCACAGUGACACAGAUGUGGAGGAGGAGGAAAAUCCAGAUGUUGGAUCCCUAAAAAGACCUAAACCAAACCCAAACAUUCCUGAAACUCCAGAUGUGAGACUGAAAAUGCCACAUCCAGAUGUUUCAGGCACAAAAAUUGGGUGUGGAAUGCUACUGGUGGACAGUGAGACAGAUGUAGAGGAGGAUGAGGCUGAUCCAGAUGUUCGGCCUUUACAAAGACAGAAAAUGACCCAAAAUGUGACCGAAACUCCACAUGUGCCCACACUGACCCCAAAUCCAGCUGUUGGAGGCUCUGAAUCCAGAUGUGGAGCCUUGGUGGUGGAGAGCGACCCGGAUGUGGAGGAGGAUGAGACUGGGCCAGAUGUUCGGCCCUCAAAAAGACAGAAAAUGACCCAAAAUGUGCCCAAAACUCCAGAUGUUUGGAGGCUCCAAAGGACCCCAAAUGUGGCCGAAACGCCAGAUGUGGAGGAAGAGGAGGAAGGGUGGGAUCCAGAUGUGGCCACCCAGCUGUUCCUGCCCCCAAAUCCAGAUGUGGGGGUGGCCGAGACAGAUCCAGGUGUUGGGAGCCCAGAACGACUCAAAAUGAGCCAGAAACCAUCAGAGAUUCCAGAUGUGGAAGAGGAAGAGGAGUCAGAUCCAAACCUGGCCACCCAGCUGUUCCUGCCCUCUCCAGAUGUUGGGAGCCCAGAAAGCUCCAAAACAGCCCCGAAGCACCCCAGAAUUACAGAUGUGGAGGAGAAAGAAGAGUCAGAUCCAGAUGUGGCCACCCAGCUGUUCCUGCCCUCCCCAGAUGUGGAGAGCCCAAAACUACUCCAAAUGACCCAGAACCGUCCCAAAAUUCCAGGUGUGGAAGGGGAAACCCCAGAUCAAGAUGAGGAGGAAGAACAGGAGUCAGAUGCAGAUGUGGCCACCCAGCUGUUCCUGCCUUCCCCAGAUGUUGGGAGCCCAGAAGGCCCCAAAACUACCCCAAAGGGCCCCAAAAUCCCAGAUGUAGAGGGGCUGCCCUCCCUGGAUCCAGAUGUGGCCACACAGCUGUUCCUGCCCCCACACCCAGAUGUGGACGGCCCAAAUCCAGAUGUUCUGGGUCCAAAACAAACCGAAAUGGCUUCAAAUGACCCCAAAAUUCCCGUUGUGAGGGCGGAGACCCCAGAUCCAGAUGUGGAGGGGGAGGAGGACUUGGAUGUGGCCACCCAGCUGUUCCUGCCCCCUGAUCCAGAUGUGGGGGGGGAAGGCCCCUCAGAUCCAGGUGUUGGGUCCCCAAAAGCACCCAAAAGUCCCCUAAACCCGCCCGAAAUUCCAGAUGUGGACAUGGAGAACCCAAGUCCAGAUGUGGAGGGGCCACCGAGGGGCCACAGGACGUUGCUGGGGGGCGCUGAUCCAGAUGUGGAGGAGGCGGGCCCAAAUCCAGAUGUGGCAGCCUCAACAAGACCCCAAACGGCCCCGAAAGUCCCCGAAAUUCCAGAUGCGGAGGUGGACACCCCAAAUCCAGAUGUGGAGGGGCUAGGGAGCCCCAGCCGGGAUCCAGAUGUGGCCACCCAGCUGUUCCUGCCCCCCGCCCCAGAUGUGGAACAGCCCGAAAGGGCCCCAGACGAGCCCCAGGUUCCAGAUGUGGAGGAGGUGGCCCCAAAUCCAGAUGUUGAGGGUCCCCCAAGCCCUGCCCAGGAGGAAGCAGAAGCUCCGCCCAUCCCACAGGUGCGGCGCAGUCGGCGAUUGGCUGAGAGCGGAGGGGGCGGAGCCUCUCGUGACCCCACCCCUGCUCAGAAUGGGCUCGAUCAAACCUCCAGGCCACGCCCCUCUGCCAAGCCAUGCCCCCAGAGGGGGCAGGGCCAAUCAGUGGCAGUGCUUGAAGAGGCUACACCCUCUGUGUCCAUAAAAGGAAAUGGGCGGGGCUCACAUGCAGCUCCGCCCCCAGAGGAGGAGGAGCCAGCAGAGGGCGCCAAGCGCAGGCUCCGCCCCCGGGCAGCGCCGGGCUCCGCCCAGAUCCGGGUGCUGUUCACGGGCCUGGUGGCCUCCCCGGCGCUGCAGGUGGCCCUGGGGACGCUGGGUGGCACCGAGGCCACCUCCGUGCACGACUGCAGCCACCUGGUGACCGAUGGCAUCCGCCGGACGCUGAAGUUCCUGUGCGCCCUGGGCAGGGGCGUCCCCAUUGUCACCCCUCAGUGGCUGCUGGAGAGUUCCCACAGUGGCCGCCCGCUGUCCCCAGGUCCCUUCCUGCCCCGGGACCUCCCCUGCGAGCGGCGCUUCGGCUUCCGCCUGCGCCCGGCGCUGGCCCGGGCCCGGGAGCGGCCCCUGCUGCAGGGCUACCAGGUGCACGUCACCCCCAGUGUCCAGCCGUGCCCCGAGGACAUGCGGGACAUUGUCACCUGCUGUGGUGGCACCUUCCUGCCACAGCUGCCCCGGGAGCACGCGCCCCGUGUCCUGGUGAUCUCGUGUCCCCAGGACCGCUGGCUCUGGCCCCCGGCCGUGGCCGCGCGGCUCCCGCUGCUCUCGGCCGAGCUGCUGCUCUCGGGGGUCCUGCGGCAGCGCCUGGAGCUGGCCCCGUUCCUGCUGAGCCCCUGGCAGCCCCCCGAAAGCACCCCCGAGCCCGAGGCCCCCCGAAACCAAAAACAUCCCACCCAAAACCAAAAAAAUCCCACCGGAAAAACCCCAAAUCCCACCCAAACCCAAAAAAAUCCUACUGGAAAAACCCCAGAUCCCACCCAAAACCAAAAAAAUCCCACCCCAAAUCCCACCCAAAAUAGCCCAGAGCCCACCCAAAACCAGAAAAAUCCCACUCAAAACCCUCCAAAUUCCGCCCAGAAACGGAAAAAUCCCCCCCGAAAAGCCCCAGAUCCCACCCCAAAAACCCCAGAUCCUGCCCAAAAAAGCAAAAAUCCCCCAGAGAAAGCCCCAAAUCCCGCCCGAAGUACUGCAAACCCACCCCAAAAAACCCCAAAUCCGCCCCAAAACCAAAAAAAUCCCACCCCAAAAACCCCAAAUCCCACCCAGCAAUCAAAAAAUCCCCCCCAGAACACCCCACCCCAAACCCAUUCCCGGCCCCAUUUGGGGGGCUCCACCCCUCCCCCCAGCCCCCCCCGGACCCGGAGUGGGCGGAGACCCCCCCAAAAUCCCCCCCCAAAAACCCCAAAUUCAGGGACCCACCAGAAAACCCCAAAUCCACCCAAAAAAACCCCAAAUCCACCUCAAAAAACCCCAAAACGGCCCCCGGGGUCACUCAGAGGGUCCCAACCCCGAUUUUGGGGUCCCAGAGCCCCCACAGGAGCCCCCCAGGACCCGGAGCCGUCAGGGACCCCCCCAAAACUCCCCUCGGGACCCCCCAAAUUCAGGGACAUCCAAAAAACCCUCAAAUCCUCCCCCCAAAACCCCAAACCCGCCCCAAAAAACCCCAAAACGGCCCCGGGCUCACUCAGAGGGUCCCAACCCCAAUUUUGGGGUCCCAAAUCCCCCCCUGGACCCCCCCCGGGAGCCCCCCCGGACCCGGAGCGGGCGCAGACCCCCCCCAAAUGCAGGGAACCCCCAAAAACCCCCAAACCGGCCCCAAAAAGCCCCAAACCCCACCCCAAAACAGCCCCGGGGUCCCCCCCAAAAUUUUGGGGUCCCCGAGCCCCCCCCGAGCCCCCCCCGGACCCGGAGCCGCCGGGGGGGCGCCAAUAAAGUGAAUUUGGGCAGCGCAAA